GGCCUUGUUCACAGUUCAAUGUUCAGGAGCAUAAAACUUCCUAAGAAGACACAGGCUUUCCAUUCACAACAGAAUACUAGACUUCUUUCCUAAACACAGGGCCCCAAAUGAUAAGGCCCCCAAAUACUCUAGGGUGGUUGUUGUUUUAUUCCAGAGAGCUAUUUUACUUAGAAAAUGCCAACCACACAGAAGACAUUGAUGUUCCUGUCUGGCUUUCUCACAAGCCUUGGCUCUGUUAUUGUCAUCUGCUCGAUUCUGGGGACACAGGCAUGGGUCACCAGCACUAUUUUCUUCACAGAUGUUAUUUCUAAUGGUACCAUUGUCAUCACCUAUGGUCUUUUUCGUGGUACUAGUGCUCGGCAUUUGAACGAAGGCCUUCAAGAUCUGGACAAAAACUUUGAUGUUUUAGGGACACUGGGCAAUUCUUCCCAGAAGACUCUGCAUUUGGUGGCCAUCGUAUUCCUGGUCCUGAGUCUGGGAGCUUCCUUAUUGAGCUUAGUGUUUACCUUCUACAACAGCAUCAGCAACCCUUACCAGACGUUCCUAGGUCCUACAGGCGUCUACACCUGGAACGGACUCAGUGCAUCCUUUGUGUUCCUGACCAUGGUACUGUUCGUGGGGAAUACUGAGUCCAACCAUCUCUCAGAAGAACUGUCCCAGAAGUUUUAUCCAGAGGUCACCAUUGAGAGAACAACCCAUACUUACGGAUACUCAUUUUGGCUCGUUCUGCUUGUCAUCCUUCUGAAUAUUGUCACCGUGGUCAUCAUCAUUUUCUAUCAGAAGGCCCGAUAUCAGCAGAAGCAAGAGCAGAGGAAGCCAGUGGAAUAUGCUUCCAAGGACGGUAUUUUAUUCUGAGUUCUGUCUCACAUCACAUUUGCACUAUUUCUGACAGUAGUAACUGGCUAGCUCCCUGGACAAUCUGCAUGGCAGAGUGAUGGUCCAGUGUGAUAGCUUCUGUAACCAUGAC